AUGGGAAAUCAACUAACGGGCCUUUCUCCUUCCCAAACUCAACCGAUCGAGCAUUAUCUCCAACACUACCUUCCAAAUGUGAUUUGGUCGAAAUGCUCAAUCAAGAGUCACAUGGGCUCGACCCGAUUUAUGAAAGUUGCGAAGCUUGAGCACGAGGUGGAGAGAGAAAUCGUAGUAAAGAUAUUCGUCGCGCCAGAGAAACAAGAUGUCGACCUGGAACAAUAUGGAGAGAAGAUCAGAGAAGUGGCCAAAGAGCUCGACGAGUUUACUAACUGCUUGCCGUGGGCACUGGUGCUUUCAACGGAACAUGUUGGGUUUCUCAUCAGACAGCAUAUGUCUCGAUCGCUCUACGAUCGUCUCUCCAUGCGACCAUUUCUGACGAUGGAAGAAAAAAGUUGGAUCACGUAUCAGCUGAUAAACGCUCUCGCGAAUAUCCACUCGAAAAACAUCGUUCACGGCGAUUUGAAGUGCGAAAAUGUUCUACUGACCCAAGACGACUGGCUUGUUUUGGCGGACUUUGCCCAUUUCAAGCCUUGUAACUUGCCUGUAGAUAAUCCAGCCGACUUCACUUACUUUUUCGACACCUCGAGAAGAAGAGCAGCGUGUCUAGCACCGGAGAGGUUUUUAACAAAAGACAAUGCGUGUUCUGAAAGAAACGAGAUAACCGCUGAAAUGGACAUCUUUUCUGCUGGUUGCAUCAUUGCUGAAAUCUUCCAAGACGGGAAUCCCCUCUUUUCAUACGGGGAUCUCCUUUCAUUUGUGGAAGGAAAAGCGCCGAAUCUAUCAAACAUCCCAGAUGGCUACAGGGAGAUGGUCCAGUCGAUGAUCAAGAGAUGCCCAAAUGAUCGACCAACAGCGCAGGAUUUGUUGUUUUCAGACAUCUUUCCCGCCAGUUUUAAUGGAUUCUUGUUCAAGAAAAUGACGGCCUAUAAAGACAGGGAGAAACAUCAGUCAAAAGGAACGCGAGGAGACGAUGUCAUUCGCCGCCUGAAAACCGACCUGAAAGAUUUUCUCUCAAAGCUUUCCCGGGAAACACUCGUCAUCCCUCUCAAUCUCAUCCUUUCCGCCAUCCGCAGCUGUGAUUUUCACCAGUCUUGGUUCGAUGGAUUCGAUAUUCUGGUGCAAAUGUCGACGAAACUCGACUGUGUGAUUGUUUUGGAGAGAAUCAUGCCAACUCUAUUGAAAUUUACAAGAGAAAGCGACUCGAGAUUGAGAGCUGCUUCUUUGACUGCCUUGCAUCAGAUAGUUUUGAACUUGGAUACUGCCGGACUGAGUGAACAAAUUUGCGAACAAAACGCAGAAUAUUUAUUGAAGGACUUGAAAGAUCUCGCCAACGAUGACAUGUUUCAUGUGAAGCGUGUUUAUGCAAAAUACAUCGGAACGUUUGGCCGCUUUUGCUACCUUCUCUCGAAGCGAUGCGAAGAUGAUCAUGUCUCUGAAACCGUAAGAACCGUCAUCAACGAUUGCGUUACAAAUGUCAUGACGGACGAUUCCGCCGAAAUCAACCGGGAGUUCCUUCACAGUUCGGUGAUAGAGCUUGCCGAAGUGUUGGGCGCAACGAAUAUCGGAGAUACAAUUUUGAAGCACAUGAUUACCUAUUUGAAUAAAAAUCAUUCCUGGAUGCUCAGAGCGGAAAUGUACAAUUCUCUGCCAAAAGUAUUGAAGUCGAUCGGACUCUCCGGCGAUUUAGUCGACGUUCUCCGUGGGCCGAUUCAAGAAGGCCUCACCGAUUCCGAAGAUCCAGUCAUCCUCGCCGCUUUGAAAUGCUUCACCUGUUUGGUAGAAGCUGGACUCAUGUCGAAAAGCCUUACUCUUGAUGUUGCUCAUCGCGUGACUCCUUUUCUUCUUCAUCCAAACUCGGCAAUUAUGCUCACAGCUGCCCGAUUCUUCGUCACUCUUGGUCAGAUUAUGAAUACAGCAGAGAAGAUGGUUAAACUGGUUCCAGUCAUUUCGAAGUUUUUGAAAAAGAAAAAUCACGCAGCGUUGAAUUCCCUUCAGACGUUCUUGACGUUCCUUCGUCCACCUCUAUCAAGACUUGUUUACGAGCAAAUAAUAUCCAGUUCAUUCUCAAGAGAGUUGAUAAAGCUUCUAAGAGACUAUCCUCAUCACGAGCUAGAUGAGCUGGAAGAUCUCGUCAAUUCCGAAGCUCUGGAUGAAUUUCUCAAGGACACAUCGAACUCUUCGAGCUCCUGGGAACUCGGUCAAAAGAGAAGAAAAUUCGCAAGUCUCCUCAGCCGAUUGAAUCAGAUUCCGAUGACAGGGACUGAUCGAGAAGCGCUUGAACUUAUGUCAACCUUGCUCGAAACCCGUCACCUGAAAAAUCAAGCUCGAACGCCGAUGAAAACGACUUCUGGCGUCAUUUAUCUGGACGAAGUCGAAGGAGAGCGACAACGAAGACCAUCUCGAAGCAUGGGCUCCGGGAAGAUCAGAAAUGUCGCCCAUUUGAAAGUCGAGCUGAGUAAAAAUGAGAAAGAAAAGAACGUCCUCGACAAGAAAAUCCUCUGGGCAACCUCUUACUUCGAACAUAACUUGCCAAAGAAGGAAGAAAUAAAGAAAGAAGGCACAAAAGUGAUUAAACGCUAUUCGAACUCGAAGAUUGCUCUACGAGAAAUCGUGUACGAGAAGCGAAAGGAAAUCAGAGAUCAGUUUGAGGAAGAUCUAUUGGACGUUUCUGACGAGAAUUUCGACGGUUUUGAUGGAAGUUCAAACGACCAGUGGCUUCCACAAGGUCGUCUUGUUGGGCACAUCCAGGAGCAUACCGGCUCCAUUAACGAAAUCACUGUCAAUCCAAAGUGUUCAUUCAUGUGUUCAGCUGGAAACGACGGCUUUGUAAAAACGUGGUCGAUCGAUCAAUUCUGGAAUUAUUCCAAUCCUUCUGAAGCGUUGAAAUCGAAGAACCAGUGGCGCCCGGACUCCGAAAUGGCGAUCAAAAGAGUCCAAUUUUGCGACAAUUCUAAAAUCGCCAUAGUCGCGCAGAAAGAAAAGCCAGACUCUUUAUCGACCGGCAGUAUUUGCUACUCAGACAUUGAAAUGUUCAAGACUCCUCUAUGGAAUAAAGUCAUUGACGCGAAAUAUGGAAUCGUCACUGAUCUUUGCACGACGCAAUCGGACAAGGGGCAGAUUUUUGCGGCCACCUCUGCCGGACAGAUCUUGUCGCUCGACCCGAGGAGUAAACAUACAGUAUCUCAGUCGUACGAGCUCGAACAUGACGUGCGUCUUGGUGGCUUGACUUCAAUUUGUUCCGAUAAGCGACAACAAUGGCUUGCUGCAGCGACUGCUCGAGGAUCUGUCGUUGUGUGGGACUUGAGGUAUCAACUGAGAGUGAUCAACUUUCAAGCGGCAGAGAGGAAGAUUCAGAAGAUUCUUCCAGUACCUGGGACACAGUGUGAAGUGGCUAUUAGCAUCGAUAUGAAUAACGAUGUCGGCAUUUGGAGCUUGAACUCUGGAUUCAGGCAAAAAGCAUUUUGGUCCGCCAAGGGUAUCCCUCCUUUAACCACUACAGUGCACAGCGGUUACUCUGCAACUUCCAUGGUCUUUUCUCCAAGCGGCGGGGUUCUUUUCACCGGUGGUAGUGAUAUGCGAAUUCGUGGGUGGAAUCUUGCCGAUGCCAAGAAAUCAAGAAUGGUGGUUAAUUCGGCCAGUUCUCAAGCGGAGGGCCAUCGCUACGAUGUCACAUAUUCCGAGAGAAAGCUCGAAGGAAUCGAACUGAUAGAAGAAAACAGGGAUAACAUCGUCCAAGUAGCGCUAGAAGAAUCAGACUGGGGACUGAUCGGUCCACCACCGGGUCACUGGGAUGUCAUUUCUUCAUUACAGUACAUUUCAAAGAGUCAAACGGGCGACAAACUUCUGGCAUCAGCUUCCCGCGAUGGCUGCAUAAAAUUGUGGAAAUAA